CAGGGUCUCAGUCCAACACAAAUCUCUCCUGAACACGAUGAACAGCGCUUCUGGCAAGAGCUACUAGCCCUGGAACCCGACCGUGCCUUUCUAACGCGUCUUCUGUCCACACUUCCCAAGGACGAGUGCCUCAGUACACACAAGCUGGUGCUCCAUGCCUUCUUUACCGUCUGCAUCAAGUUUGCAGCCGACCGCAAGGGCAAAGAGACUCGCGCCCACGCCGUUGACACGCUUUCUAUCAUGCUUCGUACUGUACUCGCCAAGAACCUAGCAGGCUGGGAGGUGAUGGAAAUCUUUGCCCUUAGAGUGAACGAAGCCGACGGGGUGUUCAUGGAGUUUGUAGGGAUGAUCACAGAUGUGCUUGGUGAUGAUGAUGCUCCUGAGACUCUUCGACAUCAGGUUCUCCAACUAGCCAUUGUCUUCACGUGUAGCAUCAGCCAGUUGAGCCCGGGGGCAUAUUUCCUGCGCCGAGACCUCUUCCCUUGUAUCGCCAAGGUCAUCACAUCCCCAGAUACCCAACGCUUCACUUUUGAAGCCUCUCUCUUCCUCUCUAUCCUGACAAAUUUUCACAAAUCCGAUGCAGCGAAGCUUAAUCCAUACCUGCAGCGCAUACGCGAUACGCAAGACAUAGAGCUCAUGCGUAAGAUUUGCUGGGCAGCGGGAUUUGCACUCGAUGCUGCUGUGAAGGCAUACCAAGAAAUCUCAGACGAUGGGAUCCCCACAUUCACAAAGAGCAUUGGAGCCUUGUUCACCUCGCUCCGACCCGACCGCGCGCUGGUGAUGGAGCCAUUCGACCCACCUCGAGAGCUUCUGAAGAAACAACCCAUUGAGGCGACCGUUUCUCUCCUACCCGUUUUCGAGUUCCUUUUCGUCAAUCCACUUUUUGCGCAGGUGCUAGUGGACAUGAUAACUCCACCUAAUGCCAAGCCGUCCAACAACAAACAGAGCGUACUGGUACCCCCGCUUGCCUAUAACAUUCUCUCACUGUCAUCCUAUGUGUUGACUCAUGCUUCGUCUUCGGCGUCAUCCCGUACGUUGUCUUAUGCAAACCUUGCAAUGAACACACUUCUUGUGAUGUCUGAGAACACGCAUAUAAUGUCAGUCUUGUGUAAGCCUGCCUCCUCAAAGGAGGUGAUCAGGCUCUGUCGGCAGAGACUUCCGCUCCUUCCAGUACCAUCGCCCACGCGUGCACCAAUUUGCGCACUUCUGGAUUGUUGUGUUUUAUGGAUGCGCCAUAAUUUACAUAAGCGGCUGGAGGUGUACACGUUUACUACGUGUAUCUGGACGUGCCAUCGCGUCAUAUGGUAUCUGCAGAAGGAAAGAAUGCGAUUAGAAUACGACUGGCUUGAAUUGUGGAAGGCUGUUGUCGGCUUACUCGGGUUUCUUUCUGGCAAAUUAGACAGUUUGGUAACCACUGGGGGCAUAGAGCGACUGGUCCAGGAGACUAUCCGGCUACUUGACCUUGCGUUGCGCAGAGCAGACCUAUUUUUGCCCACGCCCGCCGCCCUUCACGAGUUUAUCUAUGAAGUUGUCCGCUCUUCCGCGGUGAUUAGGAAGCAAACGCUGCUUUUACAAUCGCUAGGACAACCUACAUCUGCUGAUCGUGGGGCAUCACUGCGUUCUGACAGCGCGUCCAACGCUCUGGCUCGUGUUCUUUCUACAGUUGCCUACUACGAGGGGAAACUUGCAUCUGCUAGUACACGCAGUGCCAAGGACGCAUUCCGUACUGUUUCAAAAGACAUCGAGCAAAAUGGUUUACACAGCGCGCAUGAUAUGGAUGACACAGACCCACUGAAACAUGCGGAGGAUGUCGUCAGUUUCAUCCGUGUUGCGUGUGCAGACGGGCUGGCACUGAUGCCAUGA